CUCUAAUAAAAACACUCUCUCUUUCUCUCUAAUGGGGAAUUGCGUGGCUUGUUUAAUUUCUCAUGAACCAAAGAGGCCAAAGAGUAGAUCUCAUGGUUGUGUGGUUCCACUGAACCAGAUCUAUGGACCAGAUGAUUGCUCCGUCAAAGAGGAUGGCCGCGCGAAGGGAGUGACGAGAAUAAAGAUGGUCAUGACGAAGAAGGAGGCGGCCCAGUUGCUCUCUAAGCUCUCCGCCGAUCGCAUCGUCGAGCGUGUCAAACGGGAACUGGACAGAAGCAAGGGUUGUCGACUGCGCGCGGCGUGUCGAGAUCCGUGGAGGCCGGCGCUGGAGAGCAUCCCGGAGAAUUAACUGUUGAGGUGGUGAUGAGCUCUCAGAUGUUGAACUUACAAGUGGAUGUACACGUUUACAUUUAGUGAAGUGUUAUCAUGUUAAUUUAGAUGAAUGAAGAUAGAUGAUUUGAGUAUGCUACACUGUAAAUUAAAUCUCAUACAUAUAUGAGAAUGAAUAAAUCUCAUACAUAUAUAUGAGAAUGAAUUUAGGUGUAA